UGGCAGGGUGGGGGAGGAGGCGAGAACCCGGUUUGGUCCGUUCGUGGCACCCAAGGAACACCAAACACACCACGGGACAUUUCCCACCACGGUUCGUCGGGAAAGCGGCAGUCAAUCCAAGACCCCAGAUUCACGUUGUCACAGUUUUUUGACACUUGACGCCCCGCACAUUAUUUCACCCUGCAGAUUUAUUUUUUUUAUCCUUCUUCAAUCUCACGCAUAUCUGGAAACGUCUUCGGGGACGAUUUUUCGGGUCAGUUAUCCGUGGCUUAAACUAGUUUUAUCCGUGAUUUAUGUCUGGCCUCGAAUCGAUCGGAUCAAUCCGACCAACGACGACGUUCGACGUGACUCUGGCACCUACAGCCUGGAUCGAUCAAUCGUUUCGAUUAGCUUCGAAAAUUUAAAACCAAAGAGAAAAAAAAAAAGAAACGUCCGCAACUGUAAAUAAAUUAUCAAAGUUCAAAAGUGACGUGCAAAGUUAACCAACCACCCUCGGUGCGAAGGUCGUUUCAAAUCUCGUUCGGUAUCGCUUCUAAAUAUUUGAAAUCUGCAACCACCUAUAGCUCCGGACGCGGGGAUCCAAUGGCAGGCUACCGAUACGUGACAACGUAGUUGCUCGGGACCUCGGUGAUCGUAGAAAGAAAAAAAAAAGCAACAAAAGAAAAAGAAACGUGAUUUGUAUUGUUCAAGUGACAGGUGUGAGCAGUGUUCUUUGAUGAACGGUGCGUCUUUUUCGUCCCACCUCCCCUCUCCCCCUCUCGUCGCGCACCCCUAGGUGCCGAUCGCUGCGUCGAUUCAGCACCCUGGUUCCCGGUUACCGGUCGCCGGUUGCUCGAUUCGCGACGUAAACGAUACGCAGGGUGUGAUGCCCUGGUUAUGGCUACUCAGUGAGGCGAGAAGAAAGAGGCGGACUGCAGGGUCGGGAUCGCACCGAAGCUGCGUCGCACCGACGACGGACUGACCCCCUCGCACCGGGUCGGGCAGAUAUUAUGGUGAACGCUAAGAUCGCGAAGACAAGAAGAUUCGAGACGCGGUGGUUAUUGGUGUUUUUGAUACUGCUAUCGUUUUGGCUUCCCUCAUUGGGCACCGGCCAAGCGGAGGGUUGCGGCCCCGGAAGGGGCGCCGGCCGGCGCCCCCGUCAGAGAAAGUUGACGCCACUCGUAUUCAAGCAACAUGUGCCCAACGUGAGUGAGAACACUUUACCCGCCAGUGGACUGAGCGAGGGUCGCGUAUCGAGGCACGACGCCAGAUUUCGCGACCUGGUGCCCAAUUACAAUCAGGACAUCAUAUUUAAGGACGAAGAGGGUACCGGCGCGGAUCGACUCAUGACUCAGAGGUGCAAGGAGAAAUUGAACACCCUGGCGAUCUCGGUUAUGAAUCAGUGGCCGGGGGUAAAAUUGCGAGUUACCGAGGGCUGGGACGAGGAUGGAAAACACGCGACGGACUCUCUACAUUACGAGGGCAGGGCUGUAGAUGUGACAACGAGUGACAGGGAUCGUUCAAAGUACGGGAUGCUUGCACGCCUUGCGGUCGAGGCUGGCUUCGACUGGGUUUACUACGAGUCUCGAUCACACAUCCACUGUUCCGUCAAAUCUGAAUCAUCGUCAGCUGGUAAAUCUGGUGGAUGUUUCCCUGGCAAGAGUACCGUGAUAACCGAAGACGGUACGGACAAAAGUAUGAACCAAUUACGUUUGGGCGAGCGAAUCGCGGCGUUGGAUUCGACGGGAACGAUGGUGUACAGCGAGGUGAUAGCGUUUCUGGAUCGUUCUCCGGAAGCGAGACGGCAAUUCGUUCGUCUGACAACGGAAUCCGGUCAUGCCCUGACCUUGACUCCGUCGCAUCUGGUUCCCGUAUCCUUGAAAGCUGGUCGUACGACGGAAUUCGCCUCUAAAAUUCAAAUCGACGACCAGAUUCUGGUCCACGAUUUCGAUCUACAGGACGGCGAGAGGAUUUUAAGAUGGGACAGAGUGGUGACGACGAGUCUGGUAAUAGAGGAGGGGAUAUACGCGCCGCUAACAACGGAGGGUACGGUGCUGGUUGACAACGUAAUGGCAUCUUGUUACGCCGUAGUUGACAGCCAGCUCGUAGCUCAUUACGCUUUUCUCCCGAUGAGAAUCUGGACGAAUUUAAAAUCCGGUGUAAACAGAAUCGCUCGGAUAUUCGUAGGGCCGAUUUCGGCGUGGAAAUUUCGACCUGGAAUCAACAGAAGUUCACCAACAAAGGACACAAUUAAUAUAAUCGAUAGUGCUGUAAACGCGACGAGUUACGACGAUCAACCCAGAGGCGUUCACUGGUACGCGUCCGUGCUCUACAGCAUUUCGUUGUACGUACUUCCGGGAGGUAUGCUGUACUAAUUUAUUAUAUUAUUUUUUUUUUUUUUUAUCAUUUUUUAUCGUGCCCGGGUCGCGUUCAUCGAUGCUUUUCCGUUCGUGUGAAGGAUAAUGAAUCGUCAUCUCUCUCCCCACUAACUCCCCCCCUCCCCCCGCCGCCCGGCUGAUUUCCUACCCCAUUUGUACGUACUUUCGCCGCAGAUACGACGCAACGACACAUCUCUAAGCUCGGUUCCUCGACAAACGUCGUUAGUUUAUUAGGAAAAGAAAAAAACGAAAAAAACGCAACAAUAAUCCGGUGAACCCAGGAGACAUUGGGGAUCUCCUGCGACACCGUGUGAUGUGAAAUAAAAUAUAUAUUGAACACGAAAAAAAACAGAAAUAAUAUCGUCUGCGAUCUUGAUGAAAUUAUUGGUUUUCCACACCUUUUCUCUCUCUCUCUCUCUCUCUCUUUUCGAUCCAUCCCAAUGACGGAUCGGAAACUCAACGUUAGUUGCAAAUUGCGUUCAGCGAUUUGAAGAUCGAAAGUCACAUGAUCGAGCGAUCGGAACUGCAUAGCUGUUUUCUCCAUGCUCGUGAUUGGCGAUUUUAUGAUUACAUUAUACCACCCCAACGGCUUUGUUGAAUCUGCGAGGUCAAAUUUAUUCCACCCUUUGAAAAUCGGCAAUAAAUUUUUAUUAAUUCGGUACACAUAAAGAUGACAAUUAUACGCGGUUUUAAUAAAUAAUCUUGCAAAACUCAAGGGAGAGAUAAAGUGCACUGAAACAAGUAAUCUUAGAUAAGUAACCCAUGUACUGCGACGUUCAGGCGUCUGAGGGCAUCGAAGGUCGCAGGUUAAUCGCCUGAUGAACGACAAUUAUACUGAUUAUUUGUAUUCAUUGAAAACUUAAAACUUAACGAAUAACAUACAAAACGAAUAGACCCCAACGCCUGAACGCGACGUCGCAGUACCUGGAUUGCUCAUCUCGGAUUACUUGUUUCAGUGCUCUUUAUCUCCCCCUUGAAUUUUGCACAAUUAUUCAAUAACACCCUGUAUAUCCUAAAGCAGCGAUAUUAACGUCCAUUUCUCUCAUUUCGAUUGAAAUUUGGGUCCACCUUUCCACCACCGCUUCAGGUCGCUGCAUCGCGAUUGGCAGGUGACUAUACAGGUGAAUCAAUAUGUAAUAAAAAUUAAACGUGGAAACUGUUCGUGCAAGAAAUUAUAUACUGUGUGUAUCAUAACUUAUAUCACAACUAUCAUGGUAUCUAUGUUAUCGUAAUAUUAUUAUGAUUAUCAUCAUUAUUAUUAAUUUCAAUGGUUUUUGCCGCAAGAUAAUUAUAAGUAUUAUAUUAUAUUAUGUAUUAUUAUAUUAUAAUUUUAAGUUAUUAGAUUGGUAUUAGAUUUAAUUAUUUAAUUUGACGGAUAUGUAGAAGGGGUUGUUUUAAUUUGGCCAGUGACUGCGAUCAAUAUCGGCUGCAUAAUAACAUGUAAUCGAAUAUUAUGUCUGCAUGUAUUGGUUAACGGGCUUGCGAAUCAGCAAACAUCUCAUUGAUAAUUAUUGUGCGAGCCCGCAAUAUAUUAUCGCAUUAUUUAAAUAUACGUAUUUGAUAUGUACGUAACAUAGUCGAGAAAUUUGAAUCGAGAACUUAAAAAAACUUCAGAUAUUUUUUGAUUGAAUCGCGAAUAUUUAUGAUAAUUAAUAUAAAUGAACGUCGUUCGGUGACAUACGGUACAUAACGUAUCGAUUCGAUGAAAGUAUCCGACGAUAAAUUCCAUUCACGUGUAACUUCGAUCUGCGACCGAUGAUGUAAUUUGAAAAAAAAAAAAAAAGGUUAAAAAAUUUUAUUCGAUUUUCAAAUGUUAUCAACGAACAAUCAAUCCAUCGGUCUAUACCCGUGUAAUACGUAGUAUGUACAUAUAUACGUGUAUUCCUAUAUAUACGUUAUGCGCUAAUCAAUAAAUAGAACGUAAUUUUUCUGGAGUAAAAUGAAUUUUCCACGCAUGCACCGUUCGUUACGUCUUCCACACGGCCCUGCAGCGAUUAAAACUAUAUGUUGUUGUAAAUAUAUACACGAUAUUUUAAUAAAUUUAUCCCCGUCCAAACUGUAUGUAUUUCCCCAUCCCGUAUCCCGUCCCAAAAUCGACUCCUUAGCUCGUCGCACCUUCGGCGUUAUUUUAUAUCUAUCACUAAUUAUUUACCGUAUUUAUAUCACGCGUAUAUUUGUAACUGUAUUAUUGUCGCUGUCAUCGUCAUUGUCAUGAUUUUGCUUCCGAUUAUUAUUUUAGUAUUAUUUUUAUCGUAAUUAUCGUUUUUAUCAUCAUCGAAAUCGUUAUCACAUCGCGACGAUCAU